UCAUAUAUAAACAACCCCUUUCGCCUCAGCUUCUUCAUCCUUCGCCUCAUUCGAAAAUAUCAAACAAAAGAUUAAACCCAAAAGCAAUAGAAAGAGAGAGACGGGGGCUUUUCUUUUUCUAUUGUUCUUCUGGCUCGAAAGUGAUUAAGAUGGAAGCAAUGAAUGGAUGCUCAUCUUCUACAACAUCAUCUGAUUCAUCUUCUUCGGAGUCUAAUAUGUCUGCGAGGGCUUCAAACAAAGCUGAGAAGAUUAAAGGUCCCUGGAGUGCCGAGGAAGAUAGGAUUUUGACUCGGCUUGUUGAAAGGUAUGGACCUAGGAACUGGACUUUGGUAAGCCGAUAUAUAAAGGGUCGAUCAGGGAAAUCUUGCAGGCUUAGAUGGUGUAACCAGCUGAGCCCCAACGUCGAACACCGUCCGUUUUCUCAGGCGGAGGAUGAAAGCAUCUUGGCUGCUCACGCUAGGUAUGGUAACAGGUGGGCAACCAUUGCUAGAUUGCUUCCUGGAAGGACUGAUAAUGCUGUGAAGAAUCAUUGGAACUCAACGUUAAAGAGGAGGGCAAGAGAAGGACAACAUCAUCAACAACAACAAGAACAUCAGCAACAGAUCUUACCGAGUACUCAUCAUCAGCCAAUGGAUGGUGGUGAUCAUAGUGCAUUGGGAUCUAUGAGAAUGGUGAUAGACGAGGAAGCGUUGACGGCGUUGACCCUUGCGCCGCCUGGUAGUGGUGUUAAUAUUAAAAGCUCGGCGGCGGCGGCGGAGAGAAGGAGAGAGGAGAGAGUGCCGACGGAGUUUUGGGAUGUGAUGAGAGACGUGAUAGCAAGAGAGGUUAGAGAAUAUAUGAGCUCCACGUUAUCAGCUGAGACGCCAGGGUUUCAUUAAGAUCAAAAUAAAUGGCUAAUUAGGCUAUAAGCCAAUCUGUUUUAUGUUAUGGUCUAGUCUGGGGUGGUUUUACGUUUCUCUUGGUGUUAAUACGUUAGUCUUCGUUUCUUCUCCUUGUUUCUAAAGGGUAAAAACAACUUCCAACAA